UCAACUGAUUCGAAGAAUGAAGUAGUUGCGGAAAAUGUUAGACUGCUGAAAUUCGGUAAUUACACGAUCAUACGCACUUCUCCUUCUGCUGUCAACAAAUCCCCUGUCGGAGGUGUCGUGUUUCGACGUUACUUCAAUGAUCCUAUUUCUGCGAAGACGAAAAGGGCUGCGACAGCACGAAAGGAACGGAUUUGGCCGAAUGGUGUUAUUCCGUAUGUAAUAGCUUCGAAUUUUUCUGGUGAGCAUAAGAACUUGUUCCAGAGGGCAAUGCGACAUUGGGAGAAUCAUACUUGCGUUUCGUUUGUACCUAGACAGGAACAUCAUAAGCACUACAUAAUGUUCACCAUCGACAAGUGUGGCUGUUGCUCCUACGUUGGGCGUCGUGGUGACGGCCCUCAAGCGAUAUCCAUAGGAAAAAAUUGCGACAAAUUUGGUAUCGUUGUUCAUGAGCUUGGCCAUGUUGUUGGAUUUUGGCAUGAGCAUACUAGACCAGAUCGUGAUGAUUAUGUCGAUAUCUUCUACAAGAGUAUCCAACCAGGGCAGGAUUACAACUUCGAAAAAUCAAAACCGGAAGAGGUGGAUUCGCUGGGAGAACCGUAUGACUUCGAUUCUAUAAUGCAUUAUGCUCGUGAUACAUUCUCACGUGGUACCUUCCAUGACACAAUAUUGCCCAAACCAAGCUCAGGUUUUCGAUCUGAAAUUGGGCAACGUAUUCAGUUGAGCGAAGGCGAUAUCCGUCAAGCGAAAAAGCUCUACAAAUGCCCAGCAUGUGGAAGCACACUUCUAUCAGAAACAGCUGAGCUGAUUCCCUCUACCGCUGGAAAGUGUGUGUGGCGUAUUGUAGCGGCAGAAGGACAAACGAUUUUCCUCAACUUGACAGGUCUGUUUCCUUCGAAAAAUCCUAAAGUUUUUUUUUAUAACAUUUUGUAUCACCAGAUCUUUCUUGCUUCCUCCUUCGACUACCUCACCAGUUUUAGGCAUGUUUAUUCCUUUUUAAAAAUUGCAUCAAAAUAUUUAGAUAAGAUUUGUGGCGACGAGACUGGCUAUAGGACCGUUGUAUCUACCGGUAGUAGGCUUUAUGUUGAACUUCAUACUACACUAUUACCAGUUUUCCCUAUUGGAAAGUAUAAUUCUGUCUGUGGUGGACCUAUUUUCGCUGACAGUGGGGUGAUUCAGAGCCCAAGGUAUCCCGAAUCGUAUCCACCCAACGCUGAUUGUUUUUGGACGGUGCACGUUUCUGAGGGCUACCAGGUCGCUGUAGACAUUACAUAUUUUCAUCUUGAGCAGCACAAAGACUGCAUUUAUGAUCGAGUCGUUUUCUGGGAAAGCUCGGAGAGUGGAGCCCCACUCGCUACACUGUGUGGUGUGGUUACUGAUAGACAAAUUGUUACGAGGAGGAGCAACCAGAUGGUAAUCAGGUUGAUUUCGGAUAACUCUGUUCAAAAAUCGGGUUUUGAAUUGUCGUUCGUCCGUGAAUUGGACGAAUGUGCCAUGGGAACGAAACUCUGUGAACAGCGUUGCGUCAACACCGUUGGUAGUUAUAGAUGCGACUGCCACGUCGGUUAUAGUCUUCGUCCAGACGGGAAAACAUGCGAAAGUACAUGUGGAGGAUUCCUUAGAGCGUCUCAUGGCUCCUUUGCAUCUCCCAAUUUCCCACGACAUUACCCUUCUUCAAAGAACUGUGUAUGGGAGAUCGAAGCAGAUGCUGGAUAUCAGAUAUUCCUGAAUUUUACCACCUUCAACAUUGAGGGAAUGAAAACGGAAUGUGCUUACGAUUAUGUGAAAAUCGGUGAAAGCGAGAAACUUUGCGGAGAAUACACUGAACCACUGUUAUUCACAUCGCCUUCAAAUCGUGUAAGGGUGGAGUUUGUGUCUGAUUCUUCAGUUGAGCGGGCUGGUUUCUCCGCUCAUUUCAUAGCGGAUUUGGAUGAGUGCCAAGAAGACAAUGCUGGUUGUGAACAUAUCUGUCAGAAUAGGCUGGGGUCGUAUCUGUGCCUUUGCCAUGCUGGAUAUGUUCUUGCUGAGGAUGGUCAUAAUUGUAAAGAAGGAGGAUGUUUCUUCGAAUUGAAUUCACCGAGCGGUGUUAUCACUACACCAAACUACCCCGGUGACUAUCCGAAAAGUCAGAAUUGCACAUGGCACUUUGUUACCACUCCCGGACACCGACUCAUGCUUACGUUUUUGUCAUUUCAAGUGGAGGAGCAUUCUCAGUGCAAAUACGAUUCGGCAUCGAUUUAUGAUGGUGGUGAUACCAAUGCUGUACUUGUCGGUAUUUUCUGCGGAGUGGUUCCACCUCCAUUGUACAUGUCGUCCACGAAUCAACUAUUCCUCACUUUCGUUUCGGAUGCAUCAGUAUCACGUCCUGGAUUUGAGGCCAACUACGCUUCAGUUUGUGGUGGCCGGUUGACAGCCGAAUCUUCUCCAGGUCAUAUUUACUCGCACGCCACAUUUAGUGACAGCAAAUAUGGAAAAAGUCAGGAUUGUUGGUGGAGAGUAUCAGCAAAAUCACGACAUCGAGGUGUGCGACUUGAAUUCAGUACAUUUACUUUGGAAGCUGAGGAAACUUGUCAGUAUGAUUAUGUAGAGAUAUAUGAUGGUCUUGAACCAGCUCAACAUCGAUUAUUCGGAAGAUUUUGUGGGGAUCAAAUACCGGAUACUAUAACAAGUACAGGUCCUGAUAUACUGCUGAUUCUACAUACGGACGAUUCCGAAGAGGAGAAAGGUUUCGUUGCCGUAUAUCGCGAAGCACCACGUGGCCGUAUGCAACCGAAAGCUCAAAUGCCACGGCCUUCCCCGAAUAAGGAACCUAUUAGCUAA